CUGCUGGGGGCGGUGAGGGCGGAAAAGGGGGCGGGGCCAGCGAAGGCGGGGCUGACGGCGCUCUGCAGGGCGCUAAGCCCCGCCCCCAGCCCCCAGCUGCUGCACGCCAUUGGCUGCCUGAUGGCUGACGUCAUCAACGGCAAGAUCCGCUGCCUGCAGGACAACGAUGGCGGUGAUGAUGAUGAUGAUGAGGUGGAGGCGGCGGCGGAGCUGAGGGAGCUGGCAGGGGAGGGGCUGGCGGCGGUGGGCGGGGCUUCGCCGGGAGGCGGGGCUUUGAGCGACGCCUUCCGCCAAGCCCUGCCAACCCUAUUGGGCUGCCUGAGCGGCGACGUGGCGCAGCGCUCGUGGGCGGCAGCCAUCUUGGGCGAGGCGGGCGUUCACCUGGAAGGGGGCGUGGCCCGGGAGCUCCUCCCUCUGAUUGGCCCCGCCCUCGCACAAAGCUCCGCCCACGACCCGGACCCGGAAGUGCGCAGCAACGCCCUCUGCAGCAUCGGGCGCUUGGCUGCCAAUGGCGUCGCGUUGGGGGCGGCGUGGCCGGGCUUGGCUGCCAUUGGCCGGGCGCUGCGGGAGGAGGGGCCGGGCAGGGGGCAGGACAACGCCUGCGGGGCUUUGGUCCGCCACAAGGGGGCGCUGCCGGAUGCGGAACUGCUGGCUCUGCUGCUCCCGGCGCUGCCGCUGACGGAGGAUUUUGAGGAGAAUUCCGCCGUUUUUGGGUAUCUGCUGCAGCUGCAGCUCCAACAGCUCCGCCCCCACGCCGAGGAAAUGCCGCGGGUUUGCAGCGCCAUCGGGAUGGGGAGAAUGGAGAGAGAUCUGGAGGCUGCGGUCGUGGGGCUGCUGCAGGAGCUGUGGAGGAGCUGCCCCAUAGAUGUGGGGCGGGGAAUGGAGCGGCUGCCCCAUAGCGACCGAGAGAGGCUGCAGAGGGCGCUGGGAUUGGACGACGCGGCAGCCAUGACGCCAACGACUGACCAAUAAAAGAACGAGGCUGUG